UCAUCAUAUAUGUCCUCUAACCAUUAUUACCCUCACUUCACUUGUCCCUCCACGCCUUUCAUUUCAAUUCUGUCUUCUUUUCUUUUCUGUGAAAAAGGAAUUUGCCAAAAAAGCAAGGAUUUCUUCUUCUGCAUGGAAUAUUGGAACAUUUUCCCCUUCAAUUCAUUCCAAACAAAUUAUCAUCAGCCAUGACCAAUCUGUAAUUGAAUAUAUACAUUAUACAUACAUAUAUAUAUAUAGCAGAGAGAGAGAGAGGCAGAUUGAUUAUAAGGAUGAGAUUGUCAGUAAACGGUCAGUCGCAGGUGCCUCCAGGGUUUCGAUUUCAUCCCACGGAAGAAGAGCUUCUCAACUAUUACCUCAGGAAGAAAGUCGCCUGCGAGAAAAUCGAUCUUGACGUCAUCCAGGACGUCGAUCUCAACAAGCUCGAGCCCUGGGAUAUUCAAGAGAUAUGCAGAAUCGGGUCGACUCCCCAGAACGACUGGUACUUCUUCAGCCACAAGGACAAGAAGUAUCCGACGGGGACGCGGACCAACCGCGCGACGGCCGCCGGAUUCUGGAAGGCGACGGGCCGGGACAAGGUCAUAUACUGCAAUGGCCGGAGAAUCGGAAUGCGGAAAACCCUCGUCUUCUACAAGGGCCGAGCUCCACACGGCCAGAAAUCCGAUUGGAUCAUGCACGAAUACAGGCUCCUUGAUGAUGAUCUUCAUGACUCCACCACCGCUGCUCAUCGUGUUUCGAAUAUGUAUGGAGAUUUGUCGUCAGGGCAGGAAGAGGGGUGGGUGGUUUGCCGUGUCUUCAAGAAGAAAAACUUCCACAAAUCGUCGUCGGGGCAGGUCAUGAAUAAUAUAUAUGAUAAUAAUAAUAAUUCAUUAAUCCUGUCGGGAAACAAUGGAACAAUUCUGGAUCAGAUACUCUCUUACAUGGGAACAUCAUCGUCUUCCUGCUAUAAGCAAGAGGGAGAAUCCAACGGCGCGGAGUUUCCCAAUCCGACGGCUGAUAUUGAUCUUCCAGGUUUGGAAGGUUCUCAAUCUCCCGACAACAUCGUCGACGGCUCCUGCUUUAAAUGUUCGGAAUUAGAUCCGAUGAGGGGAAUCGGGCCCGACUGGGCUGAAAUGGACCGCCUGGUGGCUACUCAGCUCGAUGCAGGACAUGCUUCGAAGCAAUUUUCAGGCUUCAUUAAUGGAGAUUUUUCGUAUGCGUUUGACUGUGAUGAGGAAGGGCAGUUGGUGAGGGGUGAUGGACAGAUCAACGGUCAGAUUGUGUCCACGUGUGAUGAGGAUUUUUGGAGCUUCACACGGUCGUCGUCGUCGUCUUCUUCAGAUCCACUUUGUCACUUGUCUGCGUAGUACAGCAAUUAUAUAUAUAUAUGGUAAUACAUACAUACAUACAUACAUACUUGCUGCUAAAAGCUUGAAUAAAUAAAUAUAUACAUAUGAGAUAUGGAUAUAAAGGCACAGUGAUAAGUAUAUUUUGAUUUAUAAAAGUACUUUCUUCUGUAAGGGUUGACUCUUUAUAGAUAUAUAUUUAGAAGUAUAAUACAAAUUGUUAUCUGGAUUUAUAGUUGACUAAUUUACUGGUUUAUGUAUGCUACGGUGGCGUCAUCUACAACUUUGG